AUGGCGCAGGAGCAGCUGGUGUUGAGAGGCAUAAUGAGGGCCCAUACAGAUUGGGUAACCGCCAUUGCCACGCCGGUAGAUAACACCGACAUGAUAGUCACGUCUUCUCGUGACAAGUCCAUUAUUCUGUGGAAUAUCACUAAGGAAGACAGGACCUAUGGCGUCGCUCGCCGCCGCCUUACCGGCCACUCCCACUUCGUCCAGGACGUUGUCCUUUCCUCUGACGGUAUGUUCGCGCUUUCCGGGAACUGGGACGGCGAGCUCCGUCUGUGGGACCUCCAGACUGGUGCUACAACCCGCCGAUUUGUUGGGCACACUAAGGAUGUGCUCUCGGUUGCGUUUUCUGUUGACAACAGGCAAAUUGUUUCUGCUUCGCGUGAUAAGUCUAUUAAGCUUUGGAAUACUUUGGGUGAAUGCAAGUACACUAUUCAAGACAGCGAUGCCCACUCUGACUGGGUUUCCUGUGUCCGGUUUUCUCCCAAUACGCUUCAACCUACUAUAGUGUCUGGGUCGUGGGAUAGGACUGUGAAAAUCUGGAAUUUGAGUAAAUGUAAGCUGAUGAUGAUGAGAAUUAAGCAUUGGGCCCAGUUGCUGCUGAGAUCCACCUUGGCUGGGCAUACCGGGUCGGUUAAUACGGUGGCUGUUUCGCCUGAUGGGUCCUUAUGCGCGAGUGGUGGGAGAGAUGGGGUGAUAUUGCUAUGGGAUUUGGCGGAAGGGAAGAAGCUUUACUCGUUGGAAGCUGGUUCAACUAUUCAUUCGCUUUGCUUCAGUCCCAACAGGUACUGGCUCUGUGCUGCCACUGAAGCCAGCAUUAAGAUAUGGGACUUGGAGAGCAAGACUGUUGUUGUGGAUCUUAAGGUGGAUUUGAAACAGGAGAGUGAGAUGGCUGCUGAAGAGACUACUCAAACCAGUAACAAAAACAAGAUACUAUACUGCACUAGUCUCAAUUGGAGUAUUGAUGGCAGCACUCUUUUCAGCGGUUAUACUGAUGGUGUCAUCAGAGUUUGGGGUGUUGGCCGUUACUAG